CACACGUGUAACUUCAUAUGCGCGUCUUCAGCAUCUGUCACCAUUUAUUCAGUCGCUGCGAAAAUCAUUUCUGUCACAAUCUCAGAAUAAACAAUCGGCUUUGACGAGACAGGCUUACUGACCACUUUUGUCCGACCUACCAACCUCUGUGCCCGAUGCCCAGGAACCCUACGUCAUUUUUCGUUCAGUCAUUCUCUUCUCAGAUGUGUUUAUCGUCGUAGCGCUGUCGAUACGGUGGGGAACAUCAGAUAAGCAUCCCCUUGAGAUCACCGUUUGUUGUGAUGUAAUCCUAUUGUUUCUCUCCCACUAGCACUAGUGUCAUUCGCCAAUUUUCAAUUUCACAUUUGCAUCGCAAAAACGUAGUGAGAAUACUAGGAUGGAUAACCUAUUUUCUCGUCUCACUUUUGAUGUCUUGUAAGUGUGACAUUAGGAAAUCACAAAUUCGUGACUGAGUGCCUCGAGUUCGCUGCAAGGACAAGAAAACGACUGAUUGUAAAAAUCAAGCAACGUACAUUAUUUAUCUCUAGGUACUCCUCAAAGAAUUAACAAGCAGCAACUAACAAGAUGGGCGAGGAGGAAGACCUUUUGGGCAAGAAGAAGAAGCCGGUGAGGCCCCCCUACCUUCUGGAAUUCAAGAAGGCACUAAAAGAUAAGAGCAUCGUGCUCUACCAGGGCAAACACCGCAGCUUGGCGGAUCUGAGACGGCAGUAUGUGGAAAAGAAGAGCGGCGCCCAAGGCGGGGCCUCGCCAGCCAAGAUGGCCUCUGCGAUAUACAAGGACAAAAAAACGGGUCAAUACACACGUUUUGCAGUCGACCACUUGCUCACACUCAAGGACGUUUACAACCGAGUCGUGCGCAACAAAGACGUUAACCAACUUGGUAUUAAACAAUGGUACAACACAGUGCUUCUUGACGAAAAUAAUGUAGUCCGUUACAAUUUAUUGAAUUCCGAUCCUCGUCUAGUAGUACUACGUUCAAGUACUGGCACUUCUAUUGCGCAGAAGAUAGAAUCUCCAUUUAUUUCCGGUGUACAUUGUAAUCUUGUUCUUGUCACCGGCAGGUUUAUUGAAACACAGGUACCCCCGCGGAACUGGGUCGUUUCAUGAUGGUGCUAGAAAAGGCUGGAACACUUAACGCAUUUAUGCGGGAUCUGUAUACGACCACCAUUCCUCGGCUCUCCGUCAAUCUUGCCUCUUCUGUGAAGAAUUUCUCGGAAAUAAUCGGGUUUUUGCUACCUAUGCGCGAGCCGGAUGAGAUCACACAGAUGAUUGACAACAUGCUUUUCGUGGAGAAACGAAGAAAAGCAGGCCAGGCAGACGUAGAAGAGAAAAGCGAGAAAAAAGCUUCCUUGAGUAUUCUUCCUCUACUAGACCAGUUGGGUAUUAUACUUCUACUUCAUUUACUAGGUAGAUGACGAGUUGAUUUUUUUUUUUCAUUUUCUUACGUAGUAGUUCGUUGUAAUUAUAUUUUUCAUUGGUCGUGAGGGUGAGAUAUCAUAUAUAUUCGCAUACAAGAACAGCUAGGAAUUUCUUCUAGCAGAAAAGUUCGCAUCAACUACAGUGAGCAAGCUUCGUGGAGCGGGUCGAAACAAGGCACUAGUCAUGUCGAAACUCGACAACAUGUACACGAGGGAGGAUGAAGGCAUCGUGAAGCAAGACAUCACCCUGGAGAAGAGGUACUUUUGCCCCUAUAAAUGCCAUAAAGAAAAUAUGCGGUUCCUUUUUCCUCGUCUUACUCCCGUCAACCCAUAAGUAUAGUUCUGCUGAAAGUGAGAUCUACAUCUAUCCAUCAACCAAUUGUUACAACUUCACAGGUUAGAAUUCGAGUAUUUGUUUAGCAUGUGUUCAAAGGACGGCAAGCGUAUCUACGAAGAGGAGUGGAUGGAUUAUUUCGAGGGCUCCCUGGACGAGCUGUCCCUCAAAUUAAGGCCUCUCUUUAGAGUAUUUUUUUAUCGUCAUAACGAUACGGGUUUACUACUGCUCAUUCUAAUAUUCUUCAUUGUCCUGUCGCGUGUCAUUGAGGAUUUCAGUAUGAUGUCAUCUAGAAUUAAUUAGUCAAAAAACAAGCCAAAGAGGCUUUCCUCUAAUAAAGCACAUGUUCUUGAAGCAUGCACCGGAAUCAGACGCGAAAACGGGGAAGAAGUAUCUGCGUUUCGUAGAUUUUUCGAAGAUUUUAUUGCCUCUCACAUUUCAGCUCUGUGACCGACCCAUGGCUGGUGGAGGAAAGUCGCGGCAUUUGACUUUAUGUUGUUGUUUGGAAGAGAAUAGCCGAGUAAAUGUUGAUUGAUAUAAUUAGUUCUUCAUUGUCACGGUCACCCUCGUCUACCUCUACUUAAUAUUUUAGAACACAGUUUUUCUUCUUGCUCCAACGAGGCAUGCUUUCCCCCUACCUCUACCGUUUGUUCUAUCUUCUUUGUGUUUCAGCAGCUCUAAUGCGUGAGGACGAGCUCCACAAAAAGUUCCAUUCAAACGCGGUGGUGAACCACGAUAGCACGAUAUGGGCAGAUAUGCAGCACGAUAUUAAGCGACUGCAGGACGCAGGGCAGGAGGAUGAUGAGAAAACGCGACUGUUGAAAAUCGCAGCGGGGGCUUUGGAUAAAUUCAAAAUCGAAGAGCCCAUUGAGGUAUAUAAAUUCGGGGACUUCGAGUCCACUGGCGGAAGAAGAUAGGAAUAAAUCGUCAAACAUCUGAGAACAUUUUUCUUAGAAGGUUGGCCUCUUGGAAAAAUGACACUAAAACGCAAAUAGAUUAUCGAUUCACACAUUCAUUCACAUUCACCACGAUCCUAUUGCUCAUUGCGUAUGGCAUUUACCAUUUACUAAAAUUCAAUGACUUGAUUACUUGGUAUCUCAUGACGCAAUGUCAAGGAGUAAACACCUUCGAGUUUGAUAGACGAGUAAUUCGUAACCAGCUGCUGGGGGCACGAGCUUAAUAUAAUGUAGACGCAGCAGCUACUAGCACAACGGGCAUGUUUUUACAUGGAUUUGGAGAUUCACCACUGUAUGAUACAUAUUGGACUUAUUUCACGGACUGUUGUCAUGUACAUGAUUCAUCUACACUAUUCUUGUAUAAAAAUGUUCCUGUUCGGACAAAUCUCGUGAUAUUAGAAUUUCUAAUAUCAUGUAGAUACGUCUUCUAGAAGAUCCGAGAGGCUAUCUCGCUGUACAUAUGAUCUUCAUCUUUAUGAUAUGAAACGAAUUAGUAUAUGGGUUAGAAAGAUUUACCUUUUCGAGCUAUACAAGAAUUUGUUUUGGUUCUGGGCGCAUCAAUCGUAUUUAUAGUCAUACGGAGAAAUAGCAGUGCGCUGCGAGCAAAACCGUAGACAAGCGGUCAAUUACUGGUCCCACUUGUAGGUGUUUUUCGUCGGAACGCUUCUCGGAUGAAUCUUCAAGAAAGCAAUCGCCU